AGCAGCUUGCAGCGCCGGCCGGCUAGGCGCGGGAGGAGCAGCGGCGGGAGCGCAGCGGCUCACCUGCGGGCAGCGCACGACCCCGCCGAGCGCCCUAGGGCCCCGGAGUCGCCCGGCGCCCCGCGAGCCACCAAGCUCCGGGGGUUUCCCUCCGGUCGGCCCCGCCGAGCCGAAGGGACGCGGCAGCUUUUUGCUUUGACAGAGGGGAGGCGUGGAGAGAGGCGAGCCAGGCAGAGAAACUCGAGCCGGGAACAAAGAGGGCUUGGUCUGUGCGCGUCGGUCCGACCUACCGGGCCGGAGCCUUUGGGCCCCACGCUCUUGCUGACUCCCGGAGACCCGCCGUGCAGCUUCUCCGCUUCCCGGCGCUCAUCGGCACAAACUUUAUUCUUGGCAAACUUCUCUUCUUUUUCCUCCCUCCUCCUCCGCCCCCACCUCCUCCUCCAGCAGAUUAAAUGCGCCACCAGAAGGAAGACCGAAGCGAAAGGGAAGGCGACCCGCGGCUCUAAAGCGGACCGCUGCGGCCCGGGCUCCUUUCCACCGUACACUCUUCAGGAAGUGACUCCUCGGCAUCUCCUCAUCCUCCCCGCACCUCGGCUGGGGCAAAAGAAGCCCUUGAGUCCGGCUCUCCUCUUUUCUUUACGGAAAACCCACUCGGAAAUCGGAAUCCGAGGAAUUCACGGUUGGAGACCUUUGCGCAGUGACGCGCCACCGUCCUCUGCACUUUGGAAAGCCGUGUCCCUUCUAGGACUGGUGUCCUCGGCGCACAGACCGGGACAUCGCGGGGACCUAGGUGGCCACCGGCGGGGCCAAGCAGUGGUGCGUCCCCUCGCCACCCGCGUCCGCCCCCACGCAGCCUCCCAGCUUCUCCCGCAGCGCACAUCCCUGCCCUUCCCUCCUGUCCGCGGAGAUUCCAGUGCCGCCGGGAUGCCCCAGCUCUCCGGAGGCGGCGGUGGGGGGGACCCGGAACUCUGCGCCACCGAUGAGAUGAUCCCCUUCAAGGACGAGGGCGAUCCCCAAAAGGAGAAGAUCUUCGCCGAGAUCAGCCACCCCGAAGAGGAAGGCGACUUGGCCGACAUCAAGUCAUCCUUGGUCAACGAGUCGGAAAUCAUUCCGGCCAGUAAUGGACACGAGGUGGUCAGACAAGCACCAGCCUCUCAGGAGACCUAUCACGACAAGGCCCGAGAACACCCAGACGAUGGAAAGCAUCCAGAUGGAGGCUUGUACAACAAGGGACCCUCCUACUCCAGUUACUCUGGCUACAUCAUGAUGCCCAACAUGAAUAGCGACCCGUACAUGUCAAAUGGAUCCCUUUCUCCACCCAUCCCAAGGACAUCAAAUAAAGUGCCAGUGGUGCAGCCGUCGCAUGCGGUCCACCCUCUCACCCCCCUCAUCACUUACAGCGACGAGCACUUUUCUCCAGGAUCACACCCGUCACACAUCCCAUCAGAUGUCAACUCCAAGCAAGGCAUGUCCAGACACCCUCCAGCUCCUGAAAUCCCCACCUUUUACCCUCUGUCUCCGGGUGGUGUUGGACAGAUCACCCCACCUCUUGGCUGGCAAGGUCAGUCUGUAUAUCCCAUCACGGGUGGAUUCAGGCAACCCUACCCAUCCUCACUGUCAGGCGACACUGCCAUGUCCAGGUUUUCUCAUCACAUGAUUCCUGGUCCUCCUGGGCCCCACACAACUGGCAUCCCUCACCCAGCUAUUGUAACGCCUCAGGUCAAACAGGAGCACCCUCACACUGACAGUGACCUAAUGCACGUGAAGCCUCAGCAUGAACAGAGAAAGGAGCAGGAGCCAAAAAGACCUCACAUUAAGAAGCCUCUGAAUGCUUUCAUGUUAUACAUGAAGGAAAUGAGAGCAAACGUCGUAGCGGAGUGCACUCUGAAGGAGAGUGCGGCCAUCAACCAGAUCCUGGGCAGACGGUGGCACGCCCUCUCUCGUGAAGAACAGGCUAAAUAUUAUGAAUUAGCACGGAAAGAAAGACAGCUACAUAUGCAACUCUAUCCAGGCUGGUCGGCGAGAGACAAUUAUGGUAAGAAGAAGAAGAGGAAGAGAGAGAAGCUACAGGAAUCUACUUCAGGUACAGGUCCCCGAAUGACAGCUGCCUACAUCUGAAGCAUGGUGGAAAACGAAGCUCAUUCCCAACGUGCAAAGCCAAGGCAGCGACCCCAGGCCCUCUUCUAGAGAUGGAAGCUUGUUGAAAACCCAGACUGUCUCCACAGCUUGCCCGGUUGACCCCAAAGGAGCACUGACACCACCGCACCCUGAGGUCACUGCUAGAGACGCUGAACCUCAGAGACAAUCACCGCCAGCCCCCCUUCUGUCUACUGCAAGAGCGGACUUCCAGAAGAAAGCAUAAAACGGUUGUGUUUAAAAAAGGAAACUGCAAAGCACACAAGAUUGCUGGCAGACGACGGUCCUGAGCAGCUCUGCUCCCCAGCUCAGCGUGCACUUCUGGAGAUCUUGUGUGCGUACCUGUCGCCCUUCAGCAAGGACAGCAACCUGGCUGUGCUUCCCUGUCACCUGCAACCAGAGCCAGCGACUGGCACAGGCAUCGGCCUCCCAGCUUGAGCACUGUGGGAGACCUCUGGUUCUGUCUUCCUUCUCCUUUCUCUUCAAGUGUUUAUUCAACAGUGCAAAGGAUCAAGCUUACGUUUGCUUUUGUUUUUUAAACUUGAAUUUUUUAAUUUACAUUUUUUAGUUUUAUUUUUCUUGUAUAUUUUGCUAGCUAUGAGCUUUUAAAUAAAAUUCAAAGGUCUGGAAGAGUUUGGAAUAAAAGCAAAGAAGCCUCUUUCUGAGAAAUCUUGUUCAGUAAGCAGCUUCUCUGUCACACCGUAGCCUCUGUCCCACGAGGCAUUUCAAUAGAGAUAAUUAAGCAAUAGCAAAACCCACCAUUGGAGGUAGCGAUUGGCAGCCCCUUCUCACUGAAUUGUCUCACCUUUGAGUGACAAACCCUCACACAGACUUCUUUCUUUUCACUCUUGUAAAAAGCCCAGCACUUGAAUUGUUACUACUUUAAAUGUUCUGUAUUUGUAUGUUUUUAUUAGCCAAUUAGUGGGAUUUUAUGCCAGUUGUUAAAAUGAGCAUUGAUGUACCCAUUAUUUUUAAAUAUCAAGGCGCAACCUUUGCCCCAAACUGUCACCUGUUUGUCAUUCCAGUUUGAGUUAACGUGCUGAGCAUUUUUUAAAAGAAGCUUUGUAAUAAAACAUUUUUUAAAAGUGUCA